AUGCACCAGUUCAGCUUUCUCCAAAUGUUUCCCAGAUUCCUGGAUUUGAGAGGUGUAAACACAUAUCGACAAGUUCCACAUAGUACUUUUAACAAGAAAAUUAUUUUCCAAGGCCGUUGCUUAUCAAACAGCGUCGUAACGCAAACAAACGUGAGUGCAAUGACUUCAGAGGUUAAUGAGGAAAAUGAACCGGGUGGAAGGUGUUUACUGGGAAACUGGGUUGAGGAGAGGGCUACUGCAUUGCUAGACAGGACUGGGCCUAGAUCACGUGUUCAUAAAUAUGGACACACUGGGAUUCUUACCAUGGACGUGGCUGCUAAAGUACAGGGACUCAGUACAUUUAAAGCUGCUUUUAAUUCUCCUAAAAGCCUUGGGGUGCUACAAAAAGGAAGACGAGCUGAACUUUUGGAAAAUGAUCUCAUCAAAAUAAUAAGUGAUCAGAUACAUGCAGAGAUGAACACAGAGCCUCCAGCCCCAGAGUUGUGCUCUGUGACCAAAGCAGACUACAAGGUGGAGGGCUUUAAGUCUGUCCGUGCACCAAUGGCCAUGGAUCAUGAUUACACAACUGAGCAGGCCAUCACAUUUUGGAGUGAUAACUAUCAGAAAAUUCAGGGUGUGACAACAGUUAAAACUAAGGAUCAUCCAUUUAAAAUAAAUGCCACUUUUAGUACACCAAUCGGUGAACAACUAGAUCAGCUCAAUGACACAGUGCUGUGCCCAUCAGAAAAUACUUUGUGA